GGGGGCAGGCUGAACCCGAUGUUCAGGAGGUGUCGGUGACGUCAUUAGUUUGGUCGGGUGGAGGCGGGUCACGUGGUGUAAGCGGAUAGUUUGGCAGAAGGACGCUGGUGCUGAUCGAGGAUGGGGCUUCUCCGCUGUGUCCCCGUGUUGUUCGGUCUGCUGGCCGUAGCCUCCGCCGCCAGUACAGAGUGCUCCUUGAUGUCUAACACAACCUGUGACGCCUGUUUGAAGAAUGUGUCGUGUUUGUGGUGCAAUACGAACAGCAAGUGUCUGGAUUAUCCGGUGAGGAACAUCCUGCCUCCGUCAUCCCUGUGUAAACUGAGGGACGCCCGCUGGGGGAUAUGCUGGGUUAAUUUUGAGGCUUUGAUUAUCACGCUUUCUGUGGUCGGAGGAGUCCUCAUUUUGUCCGUGAUCAUCUGCUGCUGCUGCUGUUGUAGGAAGAAGAAAAGCAGAAACUCAAGUCUGGAAACGGAAAAAUCCAUGAGAGAGCAGGAGGAGAGACGAGUCCGUCAGGAAGAAAGGAGGGUUCAGAUGAAGUCGCGACAUGAUGACAUAAGAAAGAAGUAUGGUUUGUUUAAAGAAGACAAUCCCUAUUCGAAGUUUGAUAAUUAAGUUCUGAUCUUCGCCUCUAAGGAUUUCACUUUCACAUCUUGCAAAAGCCACAGUUUCUGUAUUGUGUGAACCCACAUCAUCUGCCCCCUUCCCCAGUGACCAUAAGGCUAGGACCAAAUGUGAAAGAACCUUCAUGUCAGAUCAUCCAUCUUCUGCUUCAGCAUUUUUUUUAAAUGUAAUUGUGGAACAAGUUCCUUGAUUAUUUUUCCUUUGUCAGGAAUUUUCAGGUUGACUGCGGCAGAAGCCCCUUAUUUGUUCUGAGAUGUGGGUUUGGGGUUGCCAGGAACAUUACUGAUGUAUAGCAUGUGCUUCAUAUCUAUGUGCAGACC